AUGAACCAACAAUUUUUUAAAUUACCUUCUAGUGAAAUCGGCAGUAAUCAUGAGGGUUUUUUGACUUCAGCUUCAGUCAAAACCCACGGUUUUUAUCCAUAUGAGGACAAUGGAGGCACAUCGUUAGCUAUUGCAGGCGAAGACUAUUGUAUAUUAGCUUCUGAUACUCGUCAAAGUAGAGGAUACUUGAUUCAUUCAAGAUAUUCUCCUAAAGCUUUUAAAUUAUCAGAUAAAGCAGCAAUUGCUUUGAAUGGAUAUGCAGCAGAUGGUAUUACACUGGUCAAAAAACUUAAACAAAAGAUGGAGUGGUAUAAACACGCACACGAUAAAGAGAUGUCAACACCAGCUUUGGCUCAAAUGAUUUCAAUCACAUUAUAUAUGAAACGUUUCUUUCCAUAUUAUGUUUCCAAUACAUUGGCUGGACUUGAUGAGAAUGGAAAAGGUGUUAUUUAUCGUUUUGAUCCAGUUGGUUCAUUUGAGCCGGUGCUUUGUAAUGCUAGUGGAUCAGGAGAAUCUUUGAUUCAACCUUUUCUAGACAGUCAAGUUGGAUUUAAAAACCAACGAAAUGUUGAUAAAGUACCAUUACCACUUGAUAAAGCAAUUACUAUCGCAAAAGAUGCAUUUACAUCAGCUACAGAAAGAGAUAUGUACACUGGCGAUUAUUUAGAAAUAUUUGUUAUUACAAAAGAUGGAGUUGAAAUUCAAUCAUAUGAUUUGAAGAGAGAUUAA